CCCGGGUCGGCACCCGCAACCAAAAGGUUGUUUCCCACCACAGGCGAGGCUCGGCUCGGCUCGACGCGGGAUCCAAGUCGUCGCCUGGCGUGAACUGUGCACUGGAAAAGAACAGCAAUUCGGCCAAUUGCACCGGGGCCACGUUCACGGAAACAGCUCCGCUCAAAGCUCUGCUCAACAACGCCUCGACCCGCACAGGAACCGGACCCGAGGAGCCAGGCCGCCACGAGGAGACGGAGCGGUCCCCGUAACGUAUUUCUUCUCUUGACAACUUGGGGGAGGGAAGGAAGCUCUCGCCCUCGCCCCACCACAAACCAUGUCCGUUUCCCCGACACCGACGACGGAGAAGAGCACGCCCGCCAGGGAGGCCUUCAUCCCGCUCGUCGCCGUCGUCGACUUCCACCAUGCGCGCGGCCCGGAGGUGGAGAGAUGGUUCGGCGUCGAAGAGGGCCGCGACCCGGCUGCCGAGUACGACUGGACGCUGCUGCCCUUCAUGGCCCUGAGCGACGGAGCCCAUGCGUAGGUUGAUACCGUCUUUGUUGCCUUGUUGCUUUUUUUUUUCUUUUUCUUUUCUUUCUUUCUUUUUUUCUGUUUCUCUU